CAUUCUCACAUUAUGGAAGGAACUUCUCGAACACUUCCUUACACCAUAAGAUUCGUUGGUCUUCUUGGUAGUCAUUCUCUUGGUAGAAAUCCAAAGUUUAUGGCUACUGCAGUAGAUUUAGGAAGAGAAUUGAUAAGACGAAGAAUUAGUCUUGCUUAUGGAGGAGGCAAUGUUGGCCUACAAGGAGCUGUUGCUUCAACAGUCUUUACCAAUGGUGGUCUCGUUAGAGGUUUCAUUCCUGGGUACAUAGCAACACGACGGGUCUACGGACCUACAUACGGCGUAGAGCACACAGUUUCCAUCAAUUACUACAAAUAUUUUGAGAUGAAUCAUGCCAUGGAAGCUUUCAUCAUUCUUCCCGGAGGAGUUGACACUAUGGAAGGGAUUUCUGAGUAUCUUGACCGUAAGUCAACCUUAGAGAAUACUAUGAAUUCUCUAAGAGGGAUGGGAGAGUCGUGGAUGUGAUUGACAUUUUAUUUUAUUUUAUUUUUUUAAAUCAAAUUUCGAUCCAAAGAUCGGGUUUAAAACCAUUUGCUCCGAUACCAAAUUGUAACACCCUAAUCCGUCCAGGUCUGCAGCCCCAUUUGGACUAAAGUAUUUAACUUGGUAAUCGUAAAUUUUAAAACUUUUCAAACACACUUUAUUAAUCUCAAUAAUAUUUUUCAUAACAUAUACAACACGGAGUAUUUAACAAUAUUGCAGAAGCGAAUUUAAUAUUGACAUAUCAUAAAUUAUUUCAAAACUUUGUCACGUCCAUCCUGACAAUCUCGCUCCCGCCAGAAUCACAUUAAUCUUUCUGUUUACCUGCGUGUAGCAAAUAAAACAUACUACACGCUCAGCGUUGAAGCUGAGCCCUUAAACUAUAAAUAGUUUAAUGCAGAACACGAGAAUCGAUAAUCCACCCUAUGAGUCAUGUGGAUUACGUACCAACCGAACAGUGAACUGUCGGGUGGGUGAUAUCCGUUCAUGAUCCCGUACGUACGUUUUAACCCCGAAAUAUGAAUUGGUCAAGGAGGUAUAUCUUAGAGUUCUUCUAGAUAUCCUUAAUAAUCAUCAUCCAUUUUCCAAGUGGGUAUAUCUUAGAGUUCUUCUAGAUAUUCUUAACAAUAUACAUCAUUUUCAUAAUCAUCAAAAUAUUCAUUUUUUUAAUCAUAAUUUAAUCAUUCGUAAUUAUUAUUUUAAUAAUAAUAUUCAUCAAAGUCUAAUCAUAAACAACAUCAAUAAUAAUCAUCACAAUAUCUAAUAACAAAUAGCGGCCUAGCAUCGAGUGUUAACACCUUAGCUUACCGUCAUACAUCACAUAAAAUUUUAUUUGUCAA